AUGUGGAAAUUUGCUUUGAUUACCAUAUUCUUUUGUGGUCUCACAGUUGUGUGUGGUGAAAACCCUUACAAGUUUUAUACUUGGAAUGUAACUUAUGGUGAUAUUUACCCUUUGGGCGUUCGUCAACGGGGGAUUCUGAUAAACGGGCAAUUUCCUGGGCCCGAAAUAGAGGCUGUUACAAACGAUAACAUUAUAAUCAACGUGUUCAACAAUCUGGACGAGCCCUUCCUUCUCUCAUGGCAAGGGAUACAGCACAGAAAGAACUCAUUUCAAGACGGUGUGUACGGGACGAAUUGUCCGAUUCCUCCGGGCAAAAACUACACGUACGCGCUGCAAAUGAAGGAUCAAAUCGGAAGCUUCUUCUAUUUCCCAUCUCUCGGUUUUCAAAAAGCUGCCGGAGGUUUUGGCGGGAUUCGCAUUCUCAGUCGACCCCAAAUCCCGGUCCCCUUCCCUCCACCUGAAGAUGACUUCAUGGUUGUCAUUGGCGACUGGUACAAAUCAGAUCACAAGCGUUUGAGGUCUGUUUUGGAGCAAGGCAAGAUGAUUCUUCCCCCUGACGGCGUCCUCAUCAACGGCCGAUCCAAAGAUUCAAAUUUCAUAGUCAAACCAGGUAGGAAAACAUACCGGUUUAGGAUAGUGAACGUGGGCGCAAAAAACUCACUAAACUUUCAGAUUCAAAACCACACAAUGAAGCUCGUUGAGGUGGAAGGCACGCACACGGUACAGAACGAGUACGACUCACUAGACGUCCACGUAGGACAAUCGUACUCAGUCCUCGUCACAGCCGACCAAAGCGCCGACAAAAGCUAUCGCAUAGUAGUAUCCUCCCGUUUUUCGUUCGAAAACCUCAAUGCCACUGCUAUACUUCAAUAUGGAACCCAACCGAAGCCCCUUUUUUCUAGUCCUUUGCCUCCCGUGCCCACCGGUGUGGACUGGUCGCUCGCGCAGGCCCGUUCAAUCAGGACUAAUUUGACAGCUAGUGGGCCCAGGCCGAACCCUCAAGGCUCUUACCACUAUGGAAAAAUCAACCUGACCCGAACGAUCAGGUUAUUGAGCUCGGGAGCACAAGUUAACGGCAAACAGCGGUACGCACUUAACGGGGUCUCGUUUGUCCCGGGCGAUACUCCCCUGAAGCUGGCAGAUUAUUACAACAUAUCGGGAGUUUUUACUGUCGGGAGCAUUCCAGACAGACCCCCUAAAGGCAAACGUGAUGUCCAGCUCAAGACUUCGGUUAUGGGAGCUGAUUACAGAGCUUUCAUCGAGAUUAUCUUGGAGAACAAUGAUAAGAUCAUGCACACUUAUCAUCUUGAUGGCUAUGCCUUCUUUGUAGUUGGAAUGGACAAAGGCAAGUGGAAGCCUGAAAGCCGAGGACAGUACAAUCUCAAUGACGCCAUUUCCCGCUCGACUGUACAGGUUUAUGCGAAGUCAUGGACAGCAAUCUAUGUGGCACUUGACAAUGUGGGAAUGUGGAACUUUAGGAGUGAGUAUUUGGCAAGGCAGUAUCUGGGCCAGCAGUUUUACUUACGUGUUUACUCGGAGAUUAAAUCUUAUAGGGAUGAAUACGACAUUCCGAGAAAUGCUCUACUCUGUGGGAGGGCUGCAGGAAGAAGCUCGUAA